AUGAGGCAUUUCCUGUUGUUCUUUGUGUUUUGCACUUUUACUACCAUUGCCAAUGCUGCAAAUCUUCGUGGAAAUGGGCAACAGAAGAGGGUAUCGAGCGACUUAUCUUUGCCAACCAUUAUCAACGAAGAAUCCACCAGAACAACAAUAAGUGAAUCAUCACCAUCUGAUGAUGACUCUAAAGAUUCAGCGGCAGCGGCACUGGACAGUGUUCACAAGAUCUUGGACAAGGCCAAGAAUACAGGCAUGACUGGAAAUUCGCGCAAAGUCUCAACGGCUUCUCUUCCGACUGCUACUAGCAACUCCCGUCGGCGAGCACCAUCGAGUCCUUCUGCAACUACCUUGACUGAAAACUCUCGAAAGCAGUCUUUCAUGUCUGCUCCAGCUCCUACACUUGCAACUUUUCUUCCGCUCUUGUAA